AGUAUGGGCAUGUGAACGCUUCUCACGGUACCUGCAAGGUAUGGCCAGAUUCGAGCUUCAGACAGACCACAAGCCGUUGGUCCCUUUAAUAAACACUUACGACAUUGAUAAAGCUCCUCUAAGAUGUCAGAGACUAUUAAUGCGCCUGAUGAGAUUCAAUGUUCGAGCAGUGCAUGUGCCAGGUAAACAACUUAUAGUGGCAGAUACCCUGUCCAGGAAUCCCAUAACACAUCAAGGCGAGUCCGAUACAGAGGGUGAUGUCAAAGUGUUUAUACAAGCAGUACUGUCUACCAGGCCUGUAACUGACGAUAAGUUGAAUGCUGUAAGAAUUGCCACUCAACAGGAUGCAGAUCUUCAGCUGGUUAGCCUGCACAAAAGAGAGAACCCCUAAUGGUCACCUCCCUCCCUGAUGGUCCUUGGCAAAAGAUUGCAGCGGACAUCUGUGAACUGGAUGGUAAGAAAUACCUGGUAGUUGUGGACUAUUUUUCUCGUGACAUUGAGAUUGCACAUCUGCAUGCUAUUACAAGCCAGCAAGUGAUAAUGCACCUGAAAAACAUGUUUGUUCGAUGGGGGAUCCCAUAUGAACUUGUGUCAGACAACGCUACACAGUUCACGGCCUCUGAGUUUGCGGAGUUUGCCAAGAUCUAUGAUUUUACUCACACUACUUCUAGCCCACAUUAUCCGCAAGCUAAUGGUGCGGCAGAGAGAAGUGUUGCCAUUGCAAAACGGGUGUUAAGACAGCCUGAUCCACAGCUAGCACUGAUGAGCUACCGUUCUACACCUCUUAACGCCACAGGGAUGAGUCCAGCUCAACUUAUGAUCGGACGUCAGAUCAGAACGACUGUUCCAAUGUUGAAAAAACAGCUGCUGCCAAGUCCAAUCGACUAUGAGGAAGUCAAAAGGAGGGACAAACAUACUAAACAGGCCUAUCAAUACUUUUACAACCGACGUCAUUCAGCACGCAGUUUACCAGAUUUACAUCCAGGUCAAAGUGUCAAAGUCAAGUUGGAUGGAGAGAAAGGGUGGAAAACACCUGCAACAGUUGUUGAGAAAGCUCCAGAACCCAGGUCGUACAUUGUUCAGACUGAUGGAGGUGCUAUUUCCCGUCGGAACAGGAGACACAUUCAGAGUGUCCCUGAAACAGCUGGCACACCGGAAAGUGACAUUGUACCUGAGAGCAUUGUAAUAACUGAUACUCCCUCCCACAAGACUGAGACAAAUGGGCGGGAUACCCCAACUCCUCUUAAAUCACAUCCACACAAGUUGACCUGUAAAAGAACUCUUGUUGGUCGGGAAUUAAAACAGCCAGUGAAGUUCAAGGAUUAUGUUUUGGGAUAAGUGUACUUUCCUGUUGUACUAGUAUAUGAUUGUACUUGUAUGGCAUCUAUGCAUGUUACUUUUCAUAAUUCUCAGUGAGGGGUAACAGGAAAACGAAUAAUGAAAGUUGUAAUGUUGUUGUUGACAAUUUAUGCUAAUGCAGUUGCAGACAGUUAAUAUUGUUCUAUAUAUGUUUAUUUGUAACUUACCUGCUUUCUUAUGUCAAAACAAAAACAACACUAAAUAUACUGCAAACAAAACAAAUAAGAAGCAGUGGAACUUUAAAGAGGGGAGAUGUGACGUAAUGGUUUAUUAUUGGCUGUUAAGUGCUCGGGUCAAGGGUUGCUAGGCAACCAUCCGGGUCACGCUGUAUGUGAUAGACAUGACACGAGGUGAACUGCUAUCUGCCGGAGUUCUUAAUAAAGCUUAUAUUUGAGUUCGUAA